UGUUGCUAUGCCAACCGGUGUGUCAACAAUCAGGUCCGACGGGAUAAAGCUUCGCGUUUUGUAGCUAAGCAGGUCGUGUUGUGGAACGAUUGAUCAGGACCGCUGUGAGUUUGUUGCUACACGGAAAGGUUUUUAGCACUGACCGCAGAGACUGAAGGCGGUGUAAACAUAUUUACACGCGUGUUUAGAAUAUAAUCAUCUAGUUAUGUUCAAGAAUACAUUUCAAAGCGGAUUCCUCUCCAUUCUGUACAGUAUCGGCAGCAAACCUCUUCAAAUAUGGGAUAAAAAGGUGAGAAAUGGACAUAUAAAGCGAAUUACAGACAAUGACAUCCAAUCUCUGGUGCUUGAGGUAGAGGGGACCAAUGUCAGCACAACCUACAUCACAUGCCCUGCAGACCCGAAGAAAACCCUUGGCAUUAAACUUCCCUUCCUGGUGAUGAUCAUUAAGAAUCUCAAAAAGUAUUUCACAUUUGAAGUGCAGGUGUUAGAUGAUAAAAAUGUGCGACGGAGAUUCAGAGCCAGUAACUACCAGAGCACCACACGUGUGAAGCCUUUCAUCUGCACUAUGCCCAUGCGACUGGAUGACGGCUGGAACCAGAUCCAGUUCAACCUGUCAGACUUCACUCGAAGAGCUUAUGGCACCAACUACAUCGAAACACUCAGAGUACAGAUCCAUGCAAACUGUCGCAUUAGGAGAGUGUAUUUUUCUGACCGACUGUACUCAGAGGAUGAGCUCCCAGCAGAGUUUAAACUGUAUUUGCCGGUACAAAAAGCAAAGCAGUGAUGUGGCACCUCUGAACCAUUCCUUCAUUCCUUCAAACUGUUUUACCACCACAUUAAAUUUAUUUUCAGGAACCUA